AUGUUCCCCGAAAUUCAAAGUGAUAAUCAGAUGCUUUCCGCGCGGAUUCCGCUCGCCGUUCGCGUUUCCGCGUCCGCUUUCUCGACUGUCGCCGAUUUCAGUACGUUUUUCGCGGAAUUUUCCGGAAAAGCUACAAUGUUUCAUUGCAGAAGACCCGAUUAAGGAUCAAAUGGAGAGUUUGGUGGCUCGAAAGCCGUCAGAAGCGAAAAAAGGACGAGUUCAGUCGUGGAGAAAACCGUAAGCGCUUUUUUGUUGGCCCGAGAUGCAAGUGCGCUCCAUUGAGAAUAAUGGGAAAAUCCGCAGAUUUAGAUAUGAAUUCAGUGGUUUUUACACUAUUUUUGUGAAAUGUUGAGAAAAUAGAGCGAUAACGAAACAGGGCUCACAAGUUUCUCGAAAAAAUUCCGGUUUUCAGAAUCUACACGGCGCCGCACCAGCACAUUUUCGAGCAGACGCCCGAUUUUUCGUUCAAAGACGGUCGUACGGUGCACGUGACUUCGCAGAAGCAACUCGACUACAAACUCGAUCAGAUCCGACUCGCUGUAAGUGCGCUCCAUCAAGAAACUGUGCAUUUUUGCUGGAAAUGGCGUUUUGCCAUGCAUUUUUCCGAAAAUUGCACUUUCCAAUGCCUUGUACGGAGAAUCAAUGCAAAUUUUCAGAAAAAGAUGGUAUCGCUGCUGAAAGAGACUCAAAAAGUGGGCGAAGUGUACGAGAGAGUGGAGGAGCAGAGAGAACGCCGGCGACGAGAAGAAGCCGAAAGACGGCCGAUCGCCAAGGGAUCGAAGAGCAUUUCCGAAUGA